AUGGACCAGUGUGCACUCAAUGUUGACGCAUCACUCAAAGAAGCCUGCAAUAUACAAUGGGUACAUUCACUUACACAAAAUACUGCUUCCUUACCCCCAGUUGAUUCUCCAUCACUAUCACCGACAUUACCUAAUGAAUCUACUACCUUCACAUUUAGUACCCAACUGACUCCAGCAACCUUUGGGAACACACAGAAACACAAGGCAGAUAAUGCUAAAUCCACAAUUUCCAAGUCCAAAGGCUCGAGCACUUGCCAGAAUAGGAAAGAUGCACCCAUUCCAAAGGUAACCAAACCUUCGAAGCCAGCACCGAUAGAACGAGUUAAAGCCUUGCAAUUUCAAGGCUUGGCAUCUAACACUAGUACUGCAGGUGAAGAGUCAGAUGAUGAGGAGGAUGAACCUACUCAGAACAAGAGACAUAAAAAAGGGGAUGGUGCUGCUGAUAUUUUGACCAUGUUCAAACCUGUCGACUCCCAUAAUCUGGUAGAAGGCUAUGUGUGCCAGGUUUGCAAACAACAAUCAAUUUUCAGUUUCACUGAAACUGUCCAGAGGCCAGAGGAGUGGAGCCAAGAACAGCUUCAUGAAUGUAUUAUUCGCUUCAUCAUUGAAACAGACCAGGCUUUAUCUAUUGUUGACCAUGAUGCAUUUCAGGAGCUUCUUCACUAUAAUAGAUGCAGCAAGACAGAGAUUUCAGACAUCCCCCAUUGCACGAAAGUCACUGAAGAUAUCAUAGAAUGCACAGAGGCAAUUUGA